CUCUGCCUGUGUGACUGGCCAGCAGGGGGCGGUGAUAACUUUCUAUCCACUUCUCAGACCCUGUGAGGCUGCAGAAUAAUGUCUGUGUUUCGCUCCAGUUCAUCCCGUCCUCUCAUUGGACAGGGGAGAGAAAUGGCUGCAGAGGAGCCAGUUCAGGGGCCGGUGACCUUCGAGGAGGUGGCUGUGUAUUUCACCAGGGAAGAAUGGGCUCUGCUGGACCCCACUCAGAGAGCCCUCUACUGGGAUGUCAUGCAGGAGAACUAUGAGAAUGUGACCUCGCUGGGGUUUCCAGUUUCCCAACCUGAUGUGAUCUCCCAGCUGGAACAAGGGGAAGAGUCAUGGGUCCCAGACCUGCAGGGUUCAGAGGGAAGACAGACCCUGAGAGCUCCCUUCACAGCAGGUGAUGUAAUGGCAUGUGAGAAAGAGGAGCAGAAUUCUCAGCAGAAAAAUAUUGAGCAACUGGAUAAACACAGAGCAUUAUUGCAAAGAUCAAAAAGGAAUGUGUCCAGGAGUCAUGAGCAGGAAAAAUCCUGUGAGAUUCAGCACAGACCAGAAAGAGAGCAAGGAAACCAGGCAGGGGUGAAAGUGGGUAAAUCUAUUUCCUGUCUCGGAACUCAGAAAGACUUCAAGGAAACCACAACAAAGCAGGAAAUCCUCAGGGGAAAGAGAAAAAAUGCAUGCACUGAGUGUGGGAAAAACUUACGUGACUACUCAGCCCUUAUAAAGCAUCAGAGAAUCCACACAGUGGAGAGGCCCUAUGUAUGCAGUGAGUGUGGGAAAAAAUUCACUAGCAACUCCGACCUUUCUGUGCAUCAGAGAAUCCACACAGGGGAGAGGCCCUAUGAAUGCAGUGAGUGUGGGAAAAAAUUCACUAGCAACUCCGACCUUUGUAAACAUCGGAGAAUCCACACAGGGGAGAGGCCCUAUGAAUGCAGUGAGUGUGGGAAAAACUUCACUAGCAACUCCGACCUUUCUAAACAUCGGAGAAUCCACACAGGGGAGAGGCCCUAUGAAUGCAGUGAGUGUGGGAAAAAAUUCACUCUCAGAUCAAACCUUUUUCAUCAUCAGAGAAUCCAUACAGGGAAGAGGCCCUAUCAAUGCAGUGAGUGUGGGGAAAGUUUCACUAGAAGCUCAGGUCUUUCUGUACAUCAGAGAAUCCACACAGGGGAGAGGCCCUAUGAAUGCAGUGAGUGUGGGAAAAACUUCACUAGCAACUCCAACCUUUCUAAACAUCGGAGAAUCCACACAGGGGAGAGGCCCUAUAAAUGCAGUGAGUGUGGGACAAAUUUCAUUAGAAGCUCAGCCCUUUCUGCACAUCAGAGAAUCCACACAGGGAAGAGCCCCUAUCAAUGCUGUGAGUGUGGGAAAAAUUUCACUCACAGAUCAAGCCUUAUUAGGCAUCAGAGAAUCCACACAAGGGAGAGGCCCUGUGGAUGCAAUGAGUGUGAGAAGACCUUCUCUUGGCAUUCAGCCCAUGUUAGCCAUCAGAGACUCUGCAAGGGAGAUGAACACCAUAAAAACCUCUAG